GCAUGAUAGUCUAAUUAGUUUGUGAUGAGAACCUAAUCACAUUCAGUCUAAUCUAGACCCUACCACCUAGGCUAUUUACAUAUAAGAUAACAUACACAUCUUCGUCUUCCUAUUCAUUACACCACCACACCACCUAUCGAACACUUCUCCAAGCACCCAAUAUGACCGACCCCAACAAAGGCACCAAAAUCACCCUCUACUGGCUCUCCCAAUCCCGCUCCCACCGCAUCCUCUGGCUCCUCGAAGCCCUGCACCUAAACUACGAGCUAAAGAUCUACCACCGCGGACCCGACAAGCUCGCGCCCCCGGAACUGAAAGAGAUCCAUCCGUUAGGAAAGUCGCCUCUCCUGACUAUCCAGCCCGCGAAUGCCACUCCAGACCAGAAGCCCCUUGUGCUGGCUGAAUCGGGUAUUAUCAUCGAGUACCUGCUCGAUCACUUCGGCUCCAAUGCAGAGAAACCUCUCCUCCCGCCCCGGUGGAAAGAUACCCAAGAUGGUGUAGUUGGGGGAGAAACAGAGGAAUGGAUGCGCUAUCGGUACUUCAUGCACUAUGCUGAGGGCAGUCUCAUGCCGUUUUUGGUCAUGCAGUUGGUUAUGGAUACGGUGAAAAACCCCCCUGGAAUGCCUUUCUUCGUCAAGCCUCUUCCGCGUCUCGUCGCGGGCCAGGUCGAAAAGGCGUUCCUGGCGCGAAACAUCCAGUCGCACUUGGAAUUCCUGGAAGAUCAGCUGCGGAGUAGUCCUAAUGGGGGUGCCUAUCUCUGCGGGACGGAGUUGACGGCCGCGGACAUUAUGAUGAGUUUCCCGGUGAUUGCUAUGUCUGGGAGGUUGGAGGAGCAGUUGGAUAAGUUUCCGUUGCUGAAGGGGUAUGCGGAUAGAUUGGAGAAGGAGGAGGGAUAUAUUAGGGCUGUGAAGAAGGUGGAGGAGGUGGAUGGGAAGUUUGAGGCUUCUCUGUAAUUUCUCACCUUUUCUAUUUGUGUGAGUUUGAUGUGAUUGGGAUCGGGGGUAAUGUUAUAUAUGAUAAUGGUACUAGUGUAGUAACUAAUUAUGCAAUCUAUCUAU